GUGUUACAAAUACUAUUUUUAUUUUGGCAGUGUAAACAAGUGUCAUAAUUUGAGUAAAUUGAGUCCAGUUUCAAAUUAAAUGCCAUCAUUCUUAUUUGCAAGUUAUGGUUAGAAAGCGAGCCCCUGCCCAAAAAGCUUUAUCUCCAGAAAAAGCCUUUAAAAAGAAAAAGAAAGACAAUGAGGAGAACGGACAAAGCAGUAUGGAUAACAAUAAUUUAGAAGUAAUUACAAGUGGAAAUGAAGAUUCGUCUCAUGGAGAUUUGAUGAUCUAUGGCACGGAAGAAGAUUGUGAGGUACCAGUUGAAGAUGCCUGUUAUGAUGAGUUGCCAGAUUUUAAUUCAUUUAGCAAAGAACUCACCGACAAAAAAAAAACAUAUUGGGAGGCUGUGAAAGUGGACUACACAGACUUUACCAAUUGGACAUGUCUGUUGCAAACAUUCACGGACACAGAGGACAAUCUUGAGGCAGCUCGAAGUGCCUACAACUGCUUCUUACGAUACUAUCCAUACUGUUAUGGAUACUGGAAGAAAUUUUCUGAUUUAGAAAAAAAACAAGGAAAUUUGGACAAGGCUAGGGAGGUAUUCAGCAGGGGUGUGAAAGCUAUUCAUGUUAGCAUUGACUUGUGGGUGCAUUAUCUGAACUUUACUAUUCAACAGAAUCAAGGAAAAGAAAACAGCCAAGAUAUUAUAAGAAAAUUGUUUAAUGAAGCUAUUAAUGCAGCAGGCAUGGAAUUUAAAUCCAACAAAUUGUGGAACGCAUACAUUGAAUGGGAAAAGUCGUUAGGAAAUCUCAAACGAGUCACUGAAAUUUAUGACAAACUGAUAUCGACACCCACACAACAGUAUUUAAAAAAUUGGGAAAGGUUUAAGCAGCAUUUAGAAAGCCACUCACUAUCGGAUGUUUUACCAACAGAGGAGUAUGUCCAACUUAUGCAACGAAUAGACGCAAUUCCCCCUGGAUUGACAACCAAUGAGGAGCCAUCCAUUAUAACCAAUGAAGACCAAGGUAAAACAGAUGAUUCAGAAACAAAACAAUUGAAGAAUGAUAACGAAAAGGAAACUGACAAAAUCAAGGAAAGAGUUAUUGCAGAACGUGAAUCCAUUUUUGUUGAAACAGCAGGUGAAAUUAAGAAGCGUUGGAAAUACGAAGAAGCAAUCAAACGCCCUUAUUUUCAUGUGAAACCUUUAGAAAAAUCCCAAAUAAGUAACUGGAAAGAUUAUUUAGAUUAUGAAAUCAGACAAGGUGGCCAUAAAAGAAUAUGUUUUUUGUUUGAACGGUGUGUGGUGGCAUGUGCAUUAUAUGAGGAACUGUGGGAAAAGUAUAUUGACUACAUUGAACCACGAGACCAGAAUGCUGCAAGGAAAGUGUUCUCAAGAGCAUGUAAUAUUCACCAAAUAAAGAAAUACAAAAUAAACCUAGCUUGGGCUACUUUUGAAGAACACAACAAAAACUAUACACAAGCUGCUGACAUUUUAAGCAGCAUUGAUAAAAACUUUCCUGGCAUGAUUAUGAUAACAAUGCGUAGAGUAGGACUUGCUAGAAGGAUGAAUAGACCUAAUGACAUUGUUAGAAUAUAUGAAAAUGCAAUUGAGAAAUCCGAAAGGAUUGAAGACAAGAUAUUUUAUAGUAUUAAAUACUCCCAUGUGUUAGCAAAGACAGUAGAUAAUAAAACUAAAGCUCGAGAUGUACUUUGGAAAGCCUUGACGCUGGGAAAGAAGCAUAAACGACUUUAUCUCCAACUAUUGGAACUGGAAAUACACUAUGGUGAAGUGGAUAAUGACCAUUCAUUUAAGCUUUUUAAUGCUGUUGAAAAUGAUAUGAGUCUGAGUGAAGAUUUUCGAGAUUCAUUUGCACAACGAAAAGUUGAGUUUUACGAGGAAUACGGAGAUGAUAUUGAAAAGAUUUUACAAGUCAAAGAGAGCUAUGAACAUGAUCAUAAAAGACAUCGAGCAACAAAAAGAACAUUAUCUAACAGUUCAACAGAUUCAGCGAUAAAAUUGCCAAAGACUGAAGCAGAAGUAAAUCAGACUGCUCCAAAUGUAAAUACUGUAGAAUCUGGCUCAUGGUAUAAUUCUACUGCACAGACUGAAAAUUCUUACGUUGAUUGGCGUAAUUAUGCUGCGCAAUAUGCAAACUUUAAUCAACAACAAAGAAAUUGAUGACACAUUUCAUUACAUCUACAACACGUCACUGCUGCAGUAUUUGGAUACAUCAAUAUGUUUUUUGAACUUCAUAAUGUUGUGUUGAUGCAAAUAUGCAAGAUACAAAAGACUACAGAAUUCUUUCAAAAACACAAUGUGAACAUACCUUUUCCAUCAUUUAUAUAUAUAGCUUUUAUGUUUUGUAAUUUUUUCCUUGCAUAUGAUCUGUACAUAUAUAGGCCACUUGCCUUUUACAGUUUUGUGUGAUGGAUGAGCAAAUAUUUUUUCUUGUCAAAGAUAAAAUUAUAUUUACUAUCUAUAUUAUCUGUAUUAUAUUUCAUUUGUUGUC